AUGGCUAAUGGGGAAGAAACCGGUAGUUCUAGCAACAUUUACGAUGCGCCAAAAUGUGAUUGGUAUAUUCGUGCACUUAAGACUAAAACACAUCAGAAAUGGGAAGUCACACGUUGGGUUAACACACAUAAUUGCAUUGGAGCUUAUGCAAGCAACUACAACACAAAUUUGACCUCUACAAUCAUUGCCUCACAUAUUCUUCAUUCAAUUGAGAAUGAUCCUUCCUACCCUUCGAAGAACAUUCAAGUUGAUAUAAAAAAUCACUUAAAUGUGAAUGUUUCCUACAAAAAGGCAUGGUAUGGGAAGAAAAAAGCCAUGGAGAUUCUCUAUGGAGAUUGGGAGAGUAAUUUUGAUGAGUUGCCUACUUACAUUGCAUCAUUACAGAAUUCAAAUCCCGGCACCAUUAUCAAGUGGUUUCAUCAUCCAAACAGCUCAUCAAAUAUAAUGACUUUCAAAUAUAUUUUUUGGGCAUUUGGACCGUCAAUUGAGGCAUUUCGCCAUUGUAGGUCUGUUGUUUGUGUGAAUGGUACACAUUUACGAGGCGAUUACAAAGGGAAAAUGCUUGUUGCUGUUACAAAAGAUGCCAAUAAUCAGAUUUUACCGAUUGCAUAUGCCAUUGUCGAUGAAGAGACAAGUCAUAGUUGGUGUUGGUUUUUGAGACAGUUAAGGUAUUAUGUUGCGCAUGAUAGACGAUUAUGCGUUGUUUCAGAUAGACAUCGGGGAAUAAUUCAUGCUAUGAAGAAUCUAAAGGAAUGGAAUGAGCCGUUGGGAUAUCACCGUUUUUGUCUUCGACAUAUUCGAAGUAAUUUUAAUGCAAGGUUUAAAAACAUGGCUCUUAAACAACUUUGUUGGGCAAUGGGUAGCACUUGUCAAAAACGAAAGUUUGCAAAAUAUGAGAAUGAUAUGAAGCAGCUUGAUCCAAUGGCUUGGAACUAUUUAAACCAAGUUAAUAAAAGCCAAUGGUGUCAAGCAUUUGAUGAAUGUUGCCGAUGGAUUGUUUGA